CCCGUAGUGAUUUCAUCAUCUCAAAUCCAUCCGAAGUUUAACCCACCCACUGAUUCGGAGACCGUCCAAGUUAUGCGCUGGGGAUUGAUACCUUCAUUUGUUCCCAACGCAUUAGAGAAAGCCUCUAGCUACAAAUUUGCAACUUCGAAUGCCAGAGCUGAGAACAUCCUUGAGCGCCCAUCUUAUAUGGAUUGCAUUAAGCAUAGACGUAGAUGUGUUGUCAUUGCUCAGGGGUUUUAUGAAUGGAAACAAGAAAAUGGAAAGAAAAUGCCAUAUUAUAUUUCCAUUCCGGGUCAAGAUGAAUCGCUUAUGCUUAUGGCUGGUAUUUUUUCAGUUAAUAAGGAACAGACAGUUAUUUUCAGAGAUCCUGAAGAUAUUUUUGAGUGGAUCACUCCAAAUUUAUGCUCACCCACCCAAGUAGGUUAUUGCGAUGACCCAACAUGCAUUCUUGUCUUUCAGACUGUUAGUUAUCUUCAACAUCUGACGGACAAGCUAAAAGCCAUCGAAUUGAGAAUAUAUCCAGUCACCCCCUUAAUGAAUUCUACUUCUUUCUCCUCCCAUCAAUGUGUUGAGCCUUUGGAUCCAUUUAAACCGUACUUCCACUUUGAAAAUUUUAGAAACCAAAUUUUACAUAUUAUAGAAUCGUUAAGGAUUUUCCUAAAACCAAGAAGAUAA